AUGGCAUCCAACUCUAUUCUCAUUAAUGGUACCGACCAGGUCAUCAUCUGUGACAAUGUAAUUGUCAUGGAUAUCGAGAACCUCCUGACUGGUUGGCCGACUUAUGAGAUUAACUUUACCCCUGAGAAUCCGGGCCCAUUGGCAUAUCCUGUCAAGAUGGUUCACAUUGAAGAGUCUACAGAUAGCGAGGCGGAGUUGUUGAUUCCAGGCAAACCCAAAUGGAAAAGAACCUCAUGGAGCAAUCACGAGAGCAAGAAGAUUAAACUCUCCAGGUUCUCGGCUGAUACCAUCAAGAUCACAGAAGAUCUUGUGGGCCUCAAACUCACAUCCCAGAGUUCCAAAAAUAACUCUGUCAAGGCAAAGCCAGUGCGCUUGGUGGGGAUCCCCAAAAAUCCCCCACCAUACAAACCAAAAGUCGACAGUAGCAUCGCUUGGCCACUGCGCUGCUGCCACCAUUGCAGGGACAUAGAAGAUAAGGAUUCCAUUGCUGGUCUAGAUAUGUUGUGA